AUGGCUGAGCUUUUAGCUUCAAACGCACCCUUGCGCCCUUCCCAACAAAUGGAUCAGAAUGGUGGCAACGGCUCUGCUCUCUUGGCCGCUUCAUCUCCUCAACCGGGUGAUGGCGCAUACCUCGCCACACAAGCAACCAACAACCGAGCUCAUAGCACGAAGCAACAGCGUAUCUCCAGAAAUGGUAACAGCGGUAAUGCUAAAUCACAGAACGGAAACAAUCACGACAGGGCGAAGGUCGGGCACAGCAGACAUACUAGCGGUCGGGUAGGAGAAUUAAUACAAUCGAGCUCGACUGGAGGCGGGAUAGCUCAAUCUCGCCAGAAGAGUAUUCAGCAUAAACCUGCAGUUGACAGCAAUCAAGCUCACCCUCGCCCACCAAAUUCGGCUACUUAUCCGUCGCCAGCGAACAGUCAUAACAGACACACCGCAUCGUCCAAACCACCUCAGCUCCAGCGACCAGCUGCUCUCGAUGCAGCGGCAUGUCCCUUUACUCCUGGCGCCGCGCUCUUGACUUCUGAUAUAGAUCACCCCGGCAACGGGAGUUCGAAUAGCGGACAAUCCGUACAUGGAGCUCGACCAAAGAAGAACAAGCCACAGGGAGAAAAACAAAGUCGUACUAACCCAAGUGGAUCAAAUUCAGCUCCCUCACAAGCAGCUGUUUCUGGAAGAAGAGCUGCUUUUCAACAAACCACUAAAUUGUCAAAGACGGCUUCUCGUAGUUCAGCAGAAGGAAAGACCGCUCACAAGAAUGAGAUCGUCAAGAAGGUCAACGGUGAAAGGAAGGUAAAAAAGGAUGAGCCGGAUGACUUAGUAUCCAGAUUGAUCAGAGGGUUGAAGCAGCGACCAUUCUUAGAAUGCCCCAUCUGCUUCAAUUCCAUUACGCCAAGUCAACAUGUUUGGUCAUGUCUUCCCCCAGAUCAUGCUCCUGAGCCGUCCUCAUCUGUUACCUCACAACCAAACCCAAUCACCGGUUCCACCUCGACUUCCAACUAUUAUUCGGCUUGCUACACUCCGUUUCACCUCGACUGUAUAAAAGACUGGUCCAGUAGAAGUCUGAUGGAUGAGGAGAGAAAAGCAGUAGAUACUGGUAAAGAUGGUGAUAUCGCUUGGAGAUGUCCAGGUUGUCAAAAGCGAAGAGCCGACAGAGUAGCUGGCUAUAGAUGUUUCUGUGGUCGUUUAACCCAUCCUCCCACUUCGACCUCGGCCCCCCACUCGUGUAACGACAGUUGCGCAAGGAAACGUCCAAAGUGUUCUCACCCUUGUCCACUACCGUGUCAUCCAGGUCCUUGUCCACCUUGUCAAGUAGCUCUCGUCGUGCCAUGUCCGUCUCAUCAUACCCCGCUUACGGUCAAAUGUUCCGCUGCCACUUCUAAUAACGCUGCUCUUUCACCUGUUUGCGAUGAACCCUGUGGUCAUCAGCUGGAUUGUGGGAAUAAAGAUCAUGAGUGCGAGCAGCUUUGUCACUACGACGUCUGCAAACCUUGCGAAGAGAGGGAGACUGCUAGCUGUUAUUGUGGUCAGGAUCAAAAAAACGUAGAGUGUGGAUGGGGUCGGAAGGAUGAAAAAGUAUGUAAAGGCCUAGACCCAGAUGGGGAGGAGCGGAUAUGGUGGGGCAAAUACGAUUGUGGUAAAGCGUGCGAGAGGCUUUUCGAUUGCGGUAUACAUCCUUGUAAAGAAACGUGUCAUCCUCACCCAAUUCACCCGCUUCACUGUCCACUUUCUCCUGACGUAAUCACGCGUUGUGCUUGCGGUGUUACCCCGCUUUCUUCGCUUGGUAUUAUUCGAAAAGAUUGUGUUGCACCCAUACCAACUUGUGCGUUGCAAUGCCCAAAAAGUCGACCAUGCGGUCAUCCAUGCCCCAAAAGAUGCCAUACAGGCGCCUGUCCACCCUGUCACGAGGAAGUAGUUAGACAGUGCAGAUGUGGUCAGAGUCAACUGCUUGUUCCAUGCGAUAUUUUGAGGGAAAGAAUGGAAAGUGGCGAAGGAGAGAUAACCUGCGAACGAGUGUGCAAGGCGUUAAGAAGCUGUGGGCGACACGAAUGCGGUCGUCUAUGUUGCCCGUUGUGGGAACAGGCCUUCCGAAGCAAAAAACAGCGGAACGAUGAUUAUAAUCAAUUGAUUGAGGAUGAUCUACAUAAAUGUCAUCUGACUUGCGGGAAAAUGCUCAGCUGUGGGCUGCAUACUUGUCCCAAACCAGAUCACAAAGGUCCGUGCGGAAGAUGUCUUCAGGCUUCGUAUGAUGAGUUAAUCUGCCACUGCGGAAAUACCAUUGUUUAUCCUCCCGUCGCUUGCGGUACCAUCAUCAAUUGUCCUUAUCCUUGCGACCGUCCGGCACCGGCUUGCGGUCAUCCCAAAUCCCCACAUUCUUGUCACGAAAACCCCGAAUGUCCUCCGUGCCCAUAUCUCACCGACAAACCUUGCGCUUGCGGUAAAGAUCCGCUCGUCAAGCACAUACGAUGUUCUCAAGAUCGAGUUUCUUGCGGUCAACAAUGUGGAGAGCUUUUAGGAUGUGGUUACCACAAAUGUACUAAAUUGUGCCAUCGACCUGGUGAAUGUGAAUCCUGCAAUCAAAUCUGUGGAAAGCCAAAACGAAUAUGUAAACAUCCCUGUACUGCAACAUGUCAUGCUCCCGCCAAAUGUCCAGAGAAUGAUGCCUGUCAAGCUAUUGUAACCCAGUCUUGUGCUUGCGGACACCUUCAGGCAAGAACCUCGUGUGGAGCUUCAACGGUUAAUCCUCGAUCAAGAGAGGUUGAACAGCUGAGAUGUAAUUCAGAAUGCGCCGUCAGACAAAGAAAUGCCAGACUGGCCGAUGCUCUGGGCAUCAAACCAAACGAGCGAGGAUUGGAAACAUACGACGACGAGUUGAAGAAUUUUGCGACCCAGAAUCAUGGUUUCGUCAAAAUGGUAGAAGGCACUUUUGAUGAAUUUAUCGCCGGUGCCAGACAAAGUAUGGUACUACCUCACAUGCCCCCCGCUAAACGAACCUUCGUUAUGGCCCUGGCUGAACAUUACCGGCUUACUCGGGAGCUAAUUGAUCAGGAGCCCAACCGCUCCGUGCAGAUUCGUCGCAGAGUUGAUACUCGAUUACCCAAUCCUUUACUCAGUUCAGCCGUCAACCCCUCUUCUGUACCUGCACCUCACUCUCGUCUUGUCACUAAUCUCGGUGGAGCUUGGGGGAAAUCAAGUACAAGUACAGCUGCAAGUGUGGUAGCCGGAAGUUCAACCACUACCUGGGGAGCAAAUUCUGGCUCCAGUUCCUCUUCUGCCAGGCCGUCCAGAGCAGCUACUCCCGUAGCUCCAAUCAUGAAAGCACCUUCACGACCUGUCACGCCAAAGAACCAGAUCAACCUCAGUACCGGACACGGGGUAGAUGAUUGGGAUGUGGAUGUGUAG